AUGUCUAAUACAAAGCAAGUACACAUUACACAAUAUCUAUGCUUUGCUAUGAGUGCUAUUAAGCAUGCCAUUGCAUCCAAAUUUAACGAUGGCUAUAUACAAUUUAUGGAUAAAACAUGGUACAGUAAAGCUAUCUACUUUAAACUGGAUUAUCAUUCACCUGCUUAUGUGAACGAGAAUCUAACCGUUAAAUCAUGGUCGGAUGCUUCGAAUAAUCGAAUUAAUUGUCAGAUAAUGCGAGAUAACGAUUGUUUAAGUACAUUUUCAAUAAGUUUUAAUCCUGAUCUAAAAUACAUUCCAGGCCUAUUACCAUUGGCAUUGGAUGUAGUAAACUAUGACCUAUUUACCAUUACGUAUAACCUGGAUAAUUUCUUUCAUUAUCGUGAUCGAUUUAAUCAACCUGACCUCUGUAAAUUCAUAUUUGCAUAUGCUGAAACGCUUGGCACUUCAGUGCGAUACGGUAUCUGGGAUAUUCCCAAAUUAUUAUCUGGUACUAAAGGUUCUAUGGUAUUAAUCGCCAAUCAGUGUACCAUCGAUCCUGUAUUCUAUACUAUGGAUCCCGAUGCAUCAUCAAGGUUAAGUUUACAAUUAACAUCAAUCAGUAAUAGAUCAUUUAUAUCUACUUACGAAAUAAUUGAUAAUCAAACUGAAAAAGUCAUGCAUAGAACUGACAGUAUUACUGUCUUCCUAAAAGAUGGCAAGCCUGAAGUAUUUCCUGAUUCAUUUAAAGAAACAUUAUUACGUAAAGUGCCUUUCAAGAUAUCUGCUGAAAAGCCUCAACCUCUAUUUGAUAGCAUACCUUCAAGUCAUUAUACAUAUCAUAGGAAGGUGCGAUUUAGUGAUCUUGAUUUUAAUGAUCAUGCCGGCUAUGCGAAUUUAGCUACUUUCUGUAUGGAUGCAGCAAGCAAUGCCAUAUCGUCAAAAAGCUCAGCCUACAAGCUUGACUUCGGCCAAGAUUUCAACCCGAGCUGCGUUCGUCAAAUCAAUUUUGUUUGUCGUAGUCAAUUAUUUCCUGAUGACGAAUUUGCAGUUGAUACAUGGCAAGGAUCUGAAAACAAUACUCUGUACUUCAAUGUAAGGCAAGGAAACAAAAUGAUAUGCCAGUCUGAAAUUGUAAUAGAUCCUCAAUCGAUAUGUAGGAGUAAUUGA